CUCCAGAUAAGCACCAUCAGACAACCACUCCCAGAUAAGCACCAUCAGACAACCACUCCCAGAUAAGCACCAUCAGACAACCACUCCCAGAUAAGCACCAUCAGACAACCACUCCUAGAUAACUAACAUCUAACUCAAAGACAUUUCCAGCUUAUAAUAUAGAUGAGGAGCAACAUGAAGAACAGCAACCGGAAGCGACCAAGUUGUGAAACUUGUAACCGCGUGUUCUUCAACCUUCCCACUUUACGGAAACAUAUUGACACUGUUCACAGCACGAAGGAGCGACCUCGUUUUCCAUGCACGUUUCCCGGCUGUGAGAAAACCUAUCUGGCAAGGGACACCUUUCGCGGCACAUAAAUGAUGAACACGCCCCGAAUUCGGUCCGAUUUCGGUGCACACUUUGCGGAAAGGAAUUCAAAACGAGGGGUCACCUUGACCAAGGUGACCCCGUUUCGUUUCGGUGACUAUUGAAUGGAUAUUUUGUAGCAAAAUAUCGGCGGCAAAGAUUUUUGGGAUUCUGACGCCAUUGAUAUGACGUAUGUAAUGAGUCAUCGAGUCUCACGUACAUAUCAAAACGCAUUUUUUCGCACCGCGCGAACCGAACCCGCAUCUUAUACUUAUUCACUACUCCCAAGCAACUUCAGUGAUUAAGAAAUCUUACAAACACUCGAUACUAAAUAACAGCUGUUUCGGCACAUCAAGUUUUUGCCAAUCUACGGACACAACAAAUACGGAGUCAAUAUGGAUCUGAAGCCAGGAAAGAAACCGAAAUGCCCCAAGUGCUCCAGAACGUUUAAAACGGAUAAACAAUUGACGAAACACAUGGUCAAGCACGAGCCUAAUGUCAACGUCAAAUGCCACGAAUGUGGGAAGAUUUCAAAAACCAGACUCGCCUUAUAUCUCCACGUGCGGAGUGUUCACAGCACCCGGGAGCGACCAAGUUGUGACACGUGUCACCGGGUCUUUUUCGAUCUUCCCACUUUACGGGAACAUAUCAACACCGUCCACAAUCCGAAGGACCGGCCUCAUUUCCCAUGUACGUUUCCCGGCUGUCAGAAAACCUACCUAAACAAGAGACACCUUUCGCGGCAUGCAAAUUCUGAACAUGCCGUGAAUCCGGUCCGUUAUCCGUGCACGCUUUGUGGAAAGGAAUUUAAAACCAGUGCUCACCUCGAGCGUCACAUUUCCACCCACACGACGGAGAAGACGCACAAUUGUGCCACUUGUGGGAGGAGUUUCGCCCAGAAAUCGGAAAUGAAGCUUCACGAGAAAACGCAUUUGGAAAAAUCUACCCGAGACGUGUUAAAGUGUCAUGUCUGUUCUCAGGCCUUCAUAACUAGACGCGGUCUACGGCGCCACAUCCGAGUUGUUCAUGAAAAUCAGAGGAAUCAUCCUUGCGAAUUUUGUGGCAAGACUUUCCCGAGUGCCAAAGACUUGGAGCGUCACGUGGAGGCGAGGCAUGCCGAGAAUAAAGACCCCAUCCAUUCCUGCGACAAAUGCGAAUACAGAAGUCACUCGAAACACAAUUUGACUAGGCACGCAAGACGGCACUGGCCUGCGAAUCACGAAUGCUACUUUUGCGGGAAGAAAUUCCUCACUUUACAAGAGUUGGUGAAGCACUCCAAUCGCACUCAUACCUUGGAAAAGUAGGAAUGAUGUAGAUUUGUGAGUAUGGAUUGUUUGGAUUCGUGAUGGAGCGUUAAACUAAUUGAUAAAUACAUAGCAUGUAGGAUUCAUGUAGCAAAAUACCAUUUAAGCA